UUGGCUGUAGCGCAGAUGGUGGAUUGGCUCGGCCCCCUCCACUGCUCGCCGUCUCCCGGGCAGCGGGUCAGUCAUUGAUCCUGGCGGUGAGGAGAGCUCCGUGUCCCAUGUAUGUGAGCGCUCCGCUCUGAGCUCAGCACCAUGUCCCGGGACAGGCCGGUCCAGCUGGCCCCCUCCUCCCUGUCCUUAGUUCUGUGUAAGCUGGACGGCACCGGGGAGGGCGAGAAGGGCAGCCAGGUCUUCCAGGACUUCCAGGCGGCCAACGCCAAGUGCUUCUGGAACAAGAGGCUGGUCCGGGCUGUGGGUGAGGUGUCCUUCCAGGGCUGGCUGGAGAGCUGGGUGCUGCUGGUCCAGGGACAAAGUACCAACCUGGAGGUACUGAGGGAUGCCUGGGUCAGGAGAGCCCUGAGACCCCCCAAAGGAUUCAUCAUCACUGCAUUGGGUGAUGUUUCUCCAGUACAGAUGAGCCCCGUGUCUCAGUCUCAGUUCAUCCCUCUGGCUGAAGUCUUAUGCUGUGCAAUAUCUGAUAUGAAUGCCACACAGAUUUUAGUAACGCAAGAUUCCCUCAUGGAGCAGCUGGUAAAACAUUACCCAGGUAUUGCAACCCCAUCCCAGGAAAUUCUCUAUUCUACUCUUGGGACUCUAAUCAAAGAGCGAAAAAUCUUCCACACUGGAGAGGGUUAUUUCAUUGUCACUCCGCAGACAUACUUCAUCACUAGAAAGCCACUUUCACCCAAGUGUGGUGCAACUGAAGAUAAUUCUGCCUCAACUCCAACUGUUACUUAUCUUGUGAGCAUGGAGAGCUGUGCAGACUUAACCAAAGUUAAUGUCCCCUCUGUGUCCCACUGCCGUUCUUGCAGCUGCUUCUCUGAAAAUUCCACUCAGAACAUAUUAGGGCAGCAGUCAAUCAAUGAGAGUAAUCCAAAGGAACAUAAAAGUGUCAAGGAUUCAAAAACAGCUGUUCAAAACCAAGCCACCUCCACUUCACGGGACCAUCAUACAUGUGUUAAGACAAAGCCACAACUCUCGUUAAAAGAAAAAGAAAAGUGCAAUAAGAAAUUUGGCAUCAGUCUCUUCUGGAGAAAUGUUUCUAAAAAAGAGAAAUCCAAAAAAGAACUAGCAAGCUUUUCUGCGCAGUUUCCACCAGAAGAGUGGCCGGUGAGAGAUGAAGAUAACUUGGAUAAUAUCCCGCGUGAUAUAGAACAUGAAAUAAUUAAGCGCAUCAAUCCAAUUCUUACUGUGGACAACUUGAUAAAACAUACAAUGUUGAUGCAGAAAAUGGAAGAACAGAAAAAGUACUUUAGUAAAGGGACCUCAACAGAUAUAAUCCGAAACAAAAAUGGACAUAAUGGUAAAAGCAGCAAUAAGAAGAAAAAUGGUAGAAUGUCAAAGUACCAUAAAAAGGUUCAGGCCAGUAAAGAAAAAGCCAAAAAGGACAUCUCUGUCCAAAGGUCAGCUCUUCAUGGGGAGACUACUGUGGUAAAGAAGUCCUCUCAACAGACUGGUGGAAAUGACGACAUACUGGUUCCAGACGUCUUCGCUCCAGCUAAUGCAGAUGUUGAAAAAAAUGAGACCCUUUAUAAAAAACAAAUUCAAAACCCUUUUGAGGGUAUUUCUUAUAGGGAAACCGGUAACAUCAGUGGACACAAAUCUGUAAAAGAGAUGAAAAGAAUCAACUCUGGAAAAAAUAGAAAAAAUAUGCCAAGGUCAAAGUCUUUAGACUGCCCAGGAUCAAAUGCCGAGGCUGGAACACGACAUUUUGAAUGUGAGCAGCCUGUAGAUGAUUAUUAUAAUGAGGAGCUGUUUCAGGAUCAGAUGGUACCUGUUAAUGAUAAAGAUGAUCUGACGGAAUAUCCUCCUAAUUACCCACAGUGCAGUACUCUAAGGAUAGAUGACAAGUUCAAACAAAAUAAAGAGCAGAGUUCUCUGUCUUGUGACGAUGGGACUCCUCUUUUUGAAGACAAUCCAACUAAUGUGGUUUUACAAUCUGACAUGACUUGGGAAAGAGGAAACCCUUAUUCAUCAGGCCUUUACUGUGGUAAGAGUGGCGCUAUUCAUGGACACUUACAACACAGCCAAACAAAUCUUUGUAGAAACAUUAAUGCCUCAAAGCAUUAUGGGCGACCAUACAUUGGUUCAUUAGGGGAAGCAAAAUCGGAACAAAAUGGCUUUUGUACAGCCAGUGGAGUAAACGUUCAAGAUUUUCCAAAAUAUUCAACGCACCCUCCUUUAAGAGAAGGAAAUCCUGACAGUGACCAGGUCAGUUACAAAAAUGUUGUGGAUAACGAGGAUGCUUCUUGUUCUUUCUCUAUUGAAGAUGACACAGAUGAACAUGUUGGAAUAUGUCAGAAUCUUGAAAUUUGCAUACAAAAUAUGAAUACGCUUAAUUGGAAUAACGUACAUGAUGAAGGUCAUAGUGCAUCCGAAACUUCUGCAAGCCACUGGGAGCCAAAGAGAUCCCCUGUACAUCGGUGUACAGCUUCUGGUAGCCAACACCAAGACGAUUGCACUCGUUCUGUGUUUUCUUCGAGCUGUUAUACUAAACCUGCUCUGCACAUCAAAGCAAGCACCAGCCAGUCAUUUUCACACUAUCUCCUCAACCAUCCUGAGCUGGAGGUUGAUACUGCAGAGUCCAUUCCGCCUCCAGAGCUGGUAGAUGGCAGCAUAUUUGACUACUGCAAUUCCAGUGACUGCAAUUCCAUGGCUGAAACUGUGCAGACAUCCAUUAAAGGAAGUGAUGAGAAACAUGCAGGGGAGCCAGAGCAGCCACCUGGGGAAAUGCAAGCCUGCUAUGAGCAUACGCUGAAGUUAUUUAAUGCAAAGAGCAGCCCACUGGAGUCCAACCCUAAUGAGAAUCAUAGCACUACAGGAGACAGUGGAAUUGAGUCUCCACGAACUCGGAUAAGUCUUGCAUCAAGUAACUCUGUGAUUUUGGAAACUUUGAAGAAAAGGACAUUUCUACAGAAUCUGGAAAUAAACGUCGGUAACAAAAAUGAUGGACUGCUUACUGCCAGCUCAUUAAUGAAACUGACCCCAGCUAUGAAUGUAUAGUAUACAACCAACACACUUUUUUUUUUUUGCUUUUGCAUGUUUUUUUUAUUUUUAUGGAAAAAUAAAUUAUUUAUAUUUUUA